AUAUUAAUCUUGUUAUUGGUUUCUAAACUUCCGAAAAAAGAAAAUGGCAGCGCCCAGGGUUCUAGCACGGUAACGACAACACUGAUCUCAAUCUAUUGAAUUACCAGCAGUCUCAAGCAAUCCGCACCCUGAUCCGUUGAAAAGGUAUUAAUGAACUAUGUGGCCAUUUGGGGAAAGUGAUCCAGAUUCAAAACCAAAGAAAUCAUGUGAAAAACAGCGACAACUUUUACAAGACUGCCUACUGAUGAGUAAAUGUGUAAAUCUGGAUGGCAAUACACCAAAGCAGUGUCUGAAAAUGAAGGGUCACCCCAGUGUUCCAGAAAAGUGCUUUCAUUAUCAACACGACUUAUUCCUCUGCAAACGAUCAAUGAUUGAUAUGAGGGCAAGAUUUCGAGGAAGGCGUGGUGUAGAUUAUGACGAAAUACAUCAUGGGCCCAGGAAAGAAGAAUGAUGGAAAAAGUUGUGUUAAUGAUUGCUUCAGUCAUAUAAUUGGUGUAACAGGCCUUUGGUAUUAAUUGUGGAAUGAUAGUGCCCAUAUACAGGAAUGCAAUUUUAUGUGGCUCACACAGAUGUGUCAAAUAUUUUGUGACUGAAUUGUGAAAAGUAAACGUGUAGAAUUUAUGAAGUGAUGUUGUCAGAGUAAGGUCUUGUCAGAUACAUUUAUUAUUUGUGGAGAAACCAUUAUAGAUUAUCUUGUCAUCACAAAUUGUUUUUCGUUUGAAAGCCUGUGUUUUGGUCAAAAUAAACCUGAGAUGAAAGCUGUUUUUAAAUUCAUGUGAAUAAUUAUGUCUGUAUUUAAUUAAAAAUAUUUUGUAACAA